AUCGGGGAAAAUUCUAGAGGACCACGUAGAGAUUGAUCCUUUUCUUUCAUGGAUUCAAUUAAUUAACAGUUUUUGUUCGUUAUAAAUAAAUAUUCCACCAAAAUCCAAGAACGCCUCUUUCUCUCUCCUCUCACCCCAUUUGUUUUAUUCUAUUUCAAUAUUACUAAUCAUUUUGGCACUUUGCACUUUUCAGUUACACACUUUCUCGCUCUCAUGUAAAAUCCUAUCAUUUCUCUGUAAUUCAGUUAUUGAUUUCUCUUCCUCUCUCGCCUUCGAUUUGAUCUCGUUUCCUGAUUGGAAGUAAUAGCAGUGACACUCUACGCUCUCUAGCAGCCAUCGAUUUUCACUAUUUAUUUUUUCGGCGGUGGCGGAGCUGAGAUGGCGCGAAUGCUACUGAGCUUUCCGGCGAUCGAUGCCGGAGUCGGAGUGCUGUCUGACGGCUGGUGGGACGACAUCAACGAAUCCGUCAAAUGGCAAGACGGACUAUUCUUCACGCUCUGCGCUGUUUAUGCCCUCGUUUCGUCCGUCGCCCUUAUUCAAUUGAUAAGAAUUGAACUAAGGGUACCUGAGUAUGGAUGGACUACUCAGAAGGUUUUCCACCUGAUGAAUUUUUUUGUGAAUGGAGUGCGUGCUGUUGUGUUUGGAUUUCAUAAGCAAGUGUUUUUUUUGCAUCCCAAGGCCCUUACUUUGGUACUCCUAGAUCUUCCUGAUCUGCUAUUCUUUUCUACAUAUACACUUCUCAUCCUUUUUUGGGCCGAGAUAUAUCAUCAGGCUAGAAGCUUGCCAACAGAUAAAUUGAGAAUCUUCUAUAUUUCUAUCAAUGGUGCAAUCUACUUAAUACAGUUCUGCAUCUGGGUGUACCUUGGAUUAGAUGAGAACGUCAUUGUGCAAUUCAUUGGAAAGAUAUUUAUAGCAGUGGUAUCAUUCAUAGCCGCAUUGGGCUUUUUGAUAUAUGGAGGAAGGUUAUUUUUCAUGCUUAGACGCUUCCCCAUUGAGUCCAAAGGGAGGAGAAAGAAACUUCAUGAGGUUGGAUCUGUGACAGCUAUAUGCUUCACUUGUUUUCUUAUAAGGUGCCUUGUGGUAGUGCUGUCGGCUUUCUAUUCAGAUGCAUCGCUGGACGUCAUGUACCAUCCAGUUCUGAAUUUGAGCUAUUACAUGCUGGUCGAGAUUCUUCCUUCAGCUCUCGUCUUGUUCAUUUUGCGCAAGCUACCGCCUAAAAGAAUAUCUGCUCAGUACCAUGCCAUCCACUGAAGACAACCUACAUGGAUGAAGAUGGAAUCUGGAGCUACUUAAGCUACAUUUGAUUGAAUCUGGAGCUACUGAAGAUGAAGAUGAAGAUGGAAAAUCAAAGCCUUGAAAGGUAAAAAGGAAGAUUCUCACGAUAAAUUGUCUCUGUAUUUUUCGCAGAGUUUGUGUCAAGUAUAUCGAUCUCUUCUUUGAUUUGUAUUGGUCAAAUUUAUGCGUUUAUUUAUCCCCAGUGUAGGAUCUCACUUAUCUUGUAGGAAAUUAUAGAAAUAAGUGGAAUACUACUGUCCUGUUAUUGUAAUGCUCCAAUAAAAGCAAAUUACAUUCCAUCA